AUGGGGAUAUAUCUCAGCACUCCCAAAACUGAAAAGUUUUCUGAAGAUGGUGACAAUGACCGUCUUAGAUAUGGUUUAUCCUCCAUGCAAGGGUGGCGUGCAACAAUGGAAGAUGCUCAUGCUGCAUAUACUGAUCUGGAUGAGUCAACUUCAUUUUUUGGUGUCUAUGAUGGUCAUGGAGGUAAGGUGGUUGCGAAGUUUUGUGCUAAGUUUCUUCACCAACAGGUGCUCAAAAGUGAAGCAUACUUAACUGGAGAUAUAGGAACCUCCCUUCAGAAAGCCUUUUUAAGAAUGGAUGAGAUGAUGCGUGGUCAAAGGGGAUGGAGGGAAUUAUCAGUAUUGGGGGAUAAGUUUAACAAGUUUACUGGGAUGCUAGAAGGGUUGAUUUGGUCUCCACGAAGCAGUGAUGAUAACUGCCAAGUUAAUGAUUGGGCUUUCGAGGAGGGGCCUCAUUCUGAUUUUGCUGGACCAACAUCGGGGAGCACUGCCUGUGUUGCAGUUAUUAGAAACAACCAACUUGUUGUUGCAAAUGCUGGUGAUUCACGUUGUGUGAUAUCCCGGAAGGGGCAGGCUUACAAUUUGUCUAGAGAUCACAAACCUGAACUUGAGAUUGAGAAGGAAAGAAUCUUAAAAGCUGGUGGUUUUAUUCAUGCAGGACGAGUUAAUGGAAGUUUAAAUCUUGCAAGAGCUAUUGGUGACAUGGAAUUUAAACAGAAUAAAUUUCUUCCUGCUGAAAAACAAAUUGUAACUGCCAAUCCAGAAAUAAACACUGUUGAGCUUUGUGACGAAGAUGAAUUUAUGGUGUUAGCUUGUGAUGGCAUAUGGGAUUGCAUGUCGAGUCAACAACUGGUAGAUUUUAUUCAUGAACAAUUGCACUCGGAAACGAGACUUUCUGUAGUGUGUGAAAGAGUACUUGACCGGUGUUUGGCACCAUCAACUGCCGGUGGCGAGGGAUGUGACAACAUGACCAUGAUAUUGGUGCAGUUCAAAAGACCUGCUCAGUCUAGUGCACCUGCAGAAGAGCAAUCCUCUUCAAACGGACAAGCUGAACCUGAAACAAAACUAGAGAGAAGUGAAAGUUAGUAUUGUUCCUUAGCAACAGUUCAAAUAUUGUAUCAUAUACAUAUAUUAUACAAUAUACAUAUAUGUAGUGUGCAUCAGUGAUUAGAAUGCGUCCGCAUGAUCAUUUUCCUUUCAACUCACAUUAUACACAACAGCUAUUACGAUUUCCAUAAGAAUAUCACUUUUUCUCCCUCC